GUUUUUUCCUACAUUUUAACCUAACGUAAGAAAGCCUUUGCUCGCUCCUUUUUUCCCUCCCACCUUCGCGGGGGCGUGGCUCCGGCGGAGAGAUCCCCUUUCUGAGGAGGAGGCGAGGCCUUGCUGCGUGUCUUCGGCAAAGAGAGAGAGAGAAGAAGAAGAAGAAGAAGAAAAGCUGAGGAGAAGAAGAAGAAGAGAAAAAGAAGGAAAGAAAAAGAAGAAGAAGAAGAAGAGAUUAAAAAGAAAAACAAAAACACCAUGAGGGAAAACCAGCCCCGCCGCGCCUUUUAUUAAUCCUCGACGGCGAAGGAGAAACACAAAGAUGAUGAGGAGAAUUUGAGGGGCUUGUUUGUUCGCUUCCUGCGCCCGCCCGACGCUGGUUUUUUUUUUUCUCGUUUUUUUUUCCUCCCCGGAUGGAACGUUGAGAGUCCCAACGUUCCAAAGAACACGCCCCGGAUGGAACGUUGACGGGCCCAACGUUCCAAUUGGGAUCCUCUUGUGUUUAGAUAUUUUUUAUUAUUUUUUUCCCCAUAUUUUAUUAUUAUUAUUAUUAUUAGCAUUAUUUCUCUCCCUUUUUCUCCUUAUUCUUCACCAUUUUACUAUUUUUUUUUUAAUUUCUGUCCCAUUAUGAUUAGGAUUAAAUAAUAUUUCUUAUUUCCUUCCUGAUUUUCCUGAUCUUUCUAUGAUUAUUAUUAUUUCUGUCCCUUUAUGAUGAUGAUGAUGAUGAUUAAAUAAUAUUUUUAUUUUCUUCCUCUUUUUUCUGAUCCUUCUAUGAUUAUCAUUAUUAAAUAAUAUUUUUUAUUUCCUUCCUGAUUUUCCUGAUCCUUCUAUGAUUAUUAUUACUUCUGUCCCUUUAUUAUGAUUAUUAUUAUUAAAUAAUAUUUUUAUUUUCUUCCUCUUUUUUCUGAUCCUUCUAUGAUUAUUAUUAUUAAAUAAUAUUUUUAUUUUCUUCCUCUUUUUUCUGAUCCUUCAAUGAUUAUUAUUAUUAAAUAAUAUUUUUAUUUUCUUCCUCUUUUUUUCUUUCUAUGAAUAUUAUUAUUACAUAAUAUUAUUUUCUAUUAUUUUUUCUUCUGAUCCUUUUUUGUCCUCUCAUUUUUUAAAAAUAUUAUUAUUAUUAUUUGGUGUAUUAUUAUUAUUAUUUUUGGGGAGGCUAAUAACACUCAUCGGACCGCAGGGAGAACAAUAGGGACGCCGGGGAUGUGAGCCCCCCCCCUCCAGCACCCCAAAACCCACCCCAAGGCGUUCAAAUCCUUUGGGACGAUGAACCCGCAGCAGAGGAUGGCGGCCGCCGGGACGGACAAGGAGCUGAGCGACCUCUUGGACUUCAGCAUGAUGUUUCCGCUUCCUGUCGCAAAUGGAAAGAACAGACCCACGACUCUGGCCAGCACUCAGUUUGGAGGAUCAGCGGCCUUGGAAGAGCGGCCGGCCUCGGGGUCGUGGGCAUCGGGAGAUCAGAACAACUCGACUUUCGACCAAGUCAGGGGCUACGGCGAAGGCUCACACUACAGCGAGCUUCGGGACCUGCCAUCCCAUAAUAACAUAUCUUCGUCCUCAUUCCUGGGAUCCGGGAUCGUCGGGAAAGGCUCGGAAAGAGGCGCCUACGCAUUUGGAAGAGACGCGGGCAUGCCGGCUCUUAAUCAGCAACCUGGUUUCCUGCCCAGUGAAAUGGGGAUCGCAAGUCCCAGCACGCUGUCGCCGACGGGGGUGAAGGGCGGGUCGCAGUACUACCCGUACGGCAGCGGGAACCCUCGCCGGAGAGGCGCCGAGAGCAACAUCGACGGGCAGCCAAAAAAGGUCCGGAAGGUGCCUCCUGGACUUCCUUCUUCGGUGUAUCCACCCAACUCAGGUGAUGAAUAUAACAGGGAGACGGCCGGCUAUGCUCCUUCCAAAGCCCCCAGCACGGUCUACCCAGGAGCCUUCUACAUGCCAGAUGGGAUCCACAACUCGGCCGACCUGUGGACCUCCUCGGGGACCAUGGGGCAGUCCAACUACGGGGUCAUCCUGGGCGCUUCCUCCUCCCCGCUGCCCCAGUCGGGCAACUUCAGCGGACUUCACCAACACGAACGCAUGAAUUACCAGCUCCAUUCCGGAGAGGUCAACGGUGGGCUGCCGUCGGUGUCGGGCUUUUCUUCCACUUCCACCCAGUUCGGGGUCUCCAGCCACACGCCGCCCAUCGGAGGGACAGAGACCGCCGUGAUGGGGAACCGCGCGACUUCGGCCGGCAGUUCGGGAGACGCCCUCGGAAAAGCCUUGGCUUCGAUCUACUCCCCGGAUCACUCCAGCAAUAACUUCUCAUCCAACCCAUCCACACCGGUGGGCUCCCCUCAGGGAAUCACAGGUUCUUCGCAGUGGCCCCGGGCGGCUGGGCAGGGUGCUUUGUCCCCGAGUUACGAAGGGACCCUCCACACAUUGCAAAACAAGAUGGAGGACCACCUGGACGAGGCCAUCCACGUGCUGCGGAGCCACGCCGUGGGCCAAGGGAACAACCGCGAGAUCCACGACUUGCUGGCCUCCGCCUCGGCGCACAGCACUUCGGUCGGGAGCCUCGGCCAGUCCUUCCCUUCGGCCUCCGUUCUGCCCCUCGCCGGCCGGCACUCGAACCUGGUCGGAGGCGGCCACCCGGACGAUGCCCUCCCGAACAACCCCAGCCUCCUCCACAACCACGUUGCGCUCCCUGCCCAGGCGGGUUCGCUCCCGGACCUCAGUCGAGGCCAGUCUUCAGACGCCUUCAGCAGUCUGACGGCCGGUCUGGGCCGGGCCAGCGUCUCGUCGGGCACCAGCGAGAUCAAGCGGGAAGACAAGGAGGACGACGAGAACACGUCAGUGGCCGACAACUCAGAGGAGGAGAAGAAGGAGCUGAAGGGCUCGCGCAACCGAACCAGGUGCUCAGUGAACAGUCAAGACGAGGAUGAGGACGAUGACCUCCUUCCCCCAGAGCAAAAAGCCGAGCGGGAGAAAGAGAGGCGGGUGGCCAAUAACGCCCGCGAGCGCCUGCGCGUCCGCGACAUCAACGAGGCCUUUAAGGAGCUCGGGCGCAUGUGCCAGCUGCACCUUAACAGCGAAAAACCGCAGACCAAACUGCUAAUCCUACACCAGGCCGUCUCGGUCAUUCUCAAUCUGGAACAACAAGUCCGAGAGCGCAACCUGAACCCAAAGGCGGCCUGCUUGAAGCGCCGUGAGGAGGAGAAAGUGUCGGGCGUCGUGGGGGAUCCCCAGAUGGCCCUUUCGGCGUCGCAUCCAGGUCUCGGAGAUGGGCACAACCCCGUGGGACAUAUGUAGAGGACUGUCGCUUUUCUUCGCCAGGAAGCUGCCGUCUGUCAGAAGAAGGGAACGGACAACAAUUUCCCCUCCCUCCCGCCCGCCUGCCGCGUCCGCACCAGAAACUGUAGCUCUGUUUCAAUAUAGAUGUGCGGUAAACGGACAUUCCGUGCAUCUCGAAGGAACUUUUUUCUUCUCUUGGACGGAAAAAUGCAACAGCGUCGUUGAAUCGGAUUUCUUUUUUUUAAAAAAAAAAACAUCUGCAAAGAUUGCCUUAAAUGUAUAUUCUGGAACUGUCAGUACAUAUCCUUCAAUUUGCGGAACGGGGCGGUGCGGGGAAACCUCUUCAUUACAAGUGGCUUGUUCACAAAAAGGCCAGCAAAAAAAAUAUAUAUAUUGUGCCUACGCGUUUUAUUUUAUUAUUUUUUUCUCCCUUUUUCUUUUUUUUAAAAAAGAACAUUAGUUAACGAUAAUUUUUUUUUAAAGAAAAAAAUGUAGAACAAACAUAGUAAUGCCUUUUGGGUUUUUUUUUUUAAGAAAGCUUCUUUUGCAUAUAUGUUUUGUAAGCAACAAUGAAAAAAUAAUGUGUAAAAAAUGGAUUGAGUGAACGAGAGAAAGAAAGAGACUUGCAAUUUCCUUCUCCUUCCCCUGUGCUUUUUCCUUCUCCUCCUGCUGCUGUUUCUCUCAUUAAUAUUGCAUAUUAUUUUUUCAGUGAGUUCGACCUGAGAUAUUCAAAGUUUGUAUUAAGAGACUGGAUGUUUUUGGCAAGGAAGAAAGGAAACGAAUGGGGAGAGAGGCUCGUUUUUUUGGCUCCGACAAACUUCCAACACAGACCUUAGCAAUAGCCGCAUGGGGCUAGUUCACAUAAUAAUAAUCCAGAAUGGACUGGAAUCAUCUCUUUUUUUUUCUGGCCGCUUUGGAUGCUGCGGAGGGUUGCGGAGCUGCUCUAGGAACUUCGCGAUACGUGGUUCAUUUGUCUUUCUUCCUAAAGGAUGUCUGUCUCUCUCCGUGUGACUCUAAAAAGUCUUACUUGUUUGGCUUGAUGUCUCCUGUCUUCCCGUAAAAUAUAUGUGGGAAGAACAUCCCAAAUGAAGAUGGGCGGCUUCCCGAAAACAACAUAUAAAGACGUCCAGGACGAGGAGGAUACAGAAAUCGCCUUCAGAAGGCAAAGAGAUGGAUCGCGGGUCGUUUUCAUUAGAACGAAAGGACUGAACGCGAGGAUUGUGCUGAUAUGGCGAUCAUGCUUUUCCAGCAUUUUUUAUAGCUCUGUAUGUAAGUCCGCUGUCUGAAUGUCUUUUUGUAGACACUCGGCUUGCUCCCCUCGCCACACAGAGACAACGAUCUGUUGUGAAUGGAAGAAGGGACCUUGAUAGGAUUCGAUCCCUGUGGAGCAUUGGUGGCACCCCACAAUAUGAAGACAUAGGGCUUCUCCUCUCAUCCACACCCCAAAUUGCAAGUCUUGGAUUUCACACAUCCUCGAACGACACUUGUGUUGAGACAAGGCAUUGCCGUGGAGAGAAGGCUGUCGGAAACUGAGAUGUCACCACCAUAUCAACUUGGUGUUCUUUCUUCAUGUCUGGCCCUGACGUGGUCAAGAGUACUCAACGAAGACAAUGUCGGGUCAUAGCUGUGGAACAAGGGACUUGGAUGUUGACCUUACAAAUCAUCCAUGAUGCCAAGAUUGUAGAGUCAACACAACCUCCGCAGUUAUGAAGAACACCAAACAAGUACCUGAUUGCAGCUGCAGAAGAUCCUUCGAUUUUGUGGGCGGAGUGUCCCAGCUACAUUCAUCUGGCAGAUUGUAGCGUCAGCACCACAUUCGCAAUCUUCAAGGAACGGGAAGAAAAACUCAACGAGCAUCUGCAGAAGAUUUGAGGGGACUCCUUGAAUUUCAGGAGCUUUCUCUGAGUGACGCAAGGGAUCAGUUGACAGAGCUGGGAGACGUAGUUGCUGGGGAAUCAAAUCGAGAAAUCAGCGAAGUCCAUCGAUCACAGUAAUCACCACCACAAGGGAAAAACAAAAGCUGGAGAUCAAGAAUCCAUGGAAGACGCCCAAGUUGGACCAAAUCGGUCCAGCAAAACGAAGGAAGAUGCUCAUUGCUUCUUAUCUGAGGCCUCUUGACGUUCCACCGAAGAAGAUGAGCCCUCAAACUCAGGUUGAGGUGAGGACCCACUCCGUUGAUGUUCCUCAUGGUCCUAGAUUGGUCAUCCAAAGCCAAGGAAGAUGUCUGGCUGUGAGAUCAUCACGGCCUGAAAUGCGAAGAUGGACUCGUGUUUCCUUUUUUGAGUGGCGUUGACUCCGUUGACAUUCAUCGAAGAUCGGCCACCAGGACCCUCUCCUGUAUCUUCACGAUCCUGUGGCUGUGCCCUCGAUUUGUCCCAAUUGUUUUCUGGACCUGGAAGUCCGGCGAAGAUCCGUCUCAUGGAGAACAUGAUAUUGGCAUCUUGAGGAACGUUGAGAGUUUUGCAAGAACCUCAUUCGGAUGCAAGAAAAGGCACUCGUUUUCCUUGCCGUCGCCAUCAAGUCUCCGUCUCGUUCCAAAGCGGCUUCCGUUCAACUCUCCUUGAACCUUUUCACCAGCUCAAAAACAUACUUUUUUUUAGUUAUUUUUUUAAAAAAAAAUUGUGUGAAAAUGUCUCUUGUUUCGUCCACGGAUGGAAGGAAACCCCCCUUUCGAAGGGCGCGUCUACACUACAAGCCGUAAACCGGUUUCAUCCGUCUGCCAUUUUCCUCUCCCGCAAUCUCUCCCAAUAUACUUUCUGGUAUUCCUGCAUUUCGGCGACGGCUUCGAAGCCCCGUUCGUAAUCCAGGGAUGUUCGUAAUCCAGGGUUGUCCCAAAGGAUAUUUAUAUUGUUAUUAUUAUUUUGGUCAGGAAGGGAAGGCGGAGCUUUUGAGGAGACGACAAAGGGACAAACAGCCAAACAAACAAACAAACAAAUGAAACACACAAUAAUAACAAUAAAAGAAGUCUUAGGAAAAUAAAUUUUCCGGAAAACGUAAAAAGAAGGGAUCAAACGACACAGAGAACAAACAAUGCAACUUGAUUCCUGCUGAGAUAUAUUUUUUUAGGCGGGGAGGGUGUGUAUUUUUUUAGCCCUCUCGAACGAUUUUGAGGGUUUUCUUUUUUUGGGGUUAUUGUUGUCAUUAAGGGGUUUUUUUAUAAUUUUUUAAAAAACUAAAUGAGUAAAAACGAGUCCUUUGUCGGAAGACAUGGAAGGAGGGAGACUCCAAUCCAGCUCUGGUUCAUAAAGCGUUUAGACGACGACGCCAUGUCAAACCCAGCUGUUCCGGAACUGGCUUGAAAAUCCUCGUUGUGAAAUCAGAUGACACAUUUAUAGUUUUGAAAGAUAUAUAUAUAGUAUAAAUAUAUAUAUAUAAAAGUAUAAAUAUUAAAAAAAACAAAUAUGCCUAACCCUGAUUUUUACGUACGACAAAAAAAAAAUAAUGCUUAUUUGGGAUGGCGGGAGGGACGUUUUCUUUCCUCUUUUGUUUUUUUUGAAUUAUUUGAACCUAAUCACAAUUUUACGGGGAGGUUCAAAUGGUGUUUUCCGAGUGCCUCAAGAUACGGAUUGUGUUCGUUUUUUUAAAUAAAAAACAAAACAAAAUAAAAUAAUUUUAUACAAGCGUCAAGAAAAGAAAAUUUAGAGAGAGAGAGAAAAAAACCACACACCGCUGGCUGGAUUAUUUGGAAAUUUUUAAAUAAUCCUUAACUUUUUUUAAAUAAAUAAGAAUAAUAAAUAAAAAAAAGAAGUAGACUUUGGAGAACUGUCCUGUAUAUAACAGUACUGUAGCAAUAAAUGUGACAUUUUUAUAACAAGGCAAUGACCUGUUUUUGUUUUCUCCCCUUUCUCCCCAUUCUCUUGUCUUUCAGAUGUUGUAUACCUAUCAAUGACAAAAAAGUUGUAAUAAAGGUUUUACCUUGUACUAAAUUGGA